UUCAGUUAAACGAAAGGAAAUCUCAAAACUCAGGAAACAAAACCUAAACCCUUAGCAACUCCUAAACUACUCCAAAGUCAAGGUGCUUUUCUCCCUGACUUUAGUGGAGUGGAGCACCUUUGCAUUUCUUAGAGGAGUCGGGAGAGCUGAGUCGCUGCCUCUGGCGCGAGGAUUCUAGGAACUCACCUCCCUUGGAGCUGCGUGAGAAAGGCCUCUGUCCCUCCGCCUCUCUUCCAGAGCCCCGGUUUGUGUAGCUGCUGGCUGCUACCAUAACCACAUACAGGCAUGCAAAUGGAAGCUUCCCGCUCAGGAACAUAUUUGCCAACUGGGUAUGCCCCUCAGUAUCCACCAGCAGCAUUCCAAGGACCUCCAGAACAUACUGGACACCCCACACUCCAGACUAAUUACCAAGGUCCCCAGUCUGGUUAUCCAGGGCCUCAGGCUGGCUACAUAGUCUCAACAUCUGGAAAUGAACGUUAUGCUGCAGCACGGCUUCCUAUUCAAAAUAACCAGACUAUAGUCCUUGUAAACACCGAGUGGAUGCCAGCACCGCCACCUCUUCUGAACUGCCCACCUGGGCUAGAAUACUUAAAUCAGAUUGAUCAGAUCCUGAUUCAUCAGCAAAUUGAACUUCUAGAAGUCUUAACAAGCUUUGAAACAAAUAAUAAAUUUGAAAUAAAAAACAACCUCGGGCAAAUGGUUUACGUUGCAGUGGAGGAUACUGACUGCUGCACUCGAAACUGCUGUGGAGCGUCUAGACCUUUUACUUUGAGGAUCUUGGAUCAUCUGGGUCGAGAAGUCAUGACUCUGGAGAGACCCCUGAAAUGCAGUAGCUGCUGCUUCCCCUGCUGCCUCCAGGAGAUAGAAAUCCAGGCUCCUCCUGGGGUGCCGAUAGGCUAUGUGACUCAGACCUGGCACCCAUGUCUGCCAAAGUUCACUCUUCAGAAUGACCGGAAGGAGGAUGUUCUAAAGAUGGUUGGUCCAUGUGUUGCAUGCACCUGCUGUUCAGACAUUGACUUUCAGAUCAAGUCUCUUGAUGAGGUGUCUAGAAUUGGCAAGAUCUCCAAGCAGUGGUCUGGUUGUAUGCAAGAGACUUUCACGGAUUCCGAUAACUUUGGAAUCCAGUUCCCGCUAGACCUGGAUGUGAAGAUGAAAGCCGUGGCGCUUGGCGCUUGUUUCCUCAUAGAUUACAUGUUUUUUGAAGGCUGUGAGUAGAAACAAAAAUCAGAUCGGUGGUGUGGCCCAAUGUAAGAAGACAGAGAAGGUUUCAAGUCUACAUAUGAGAUUAUGUAAUUGGGAAACCUGGGGCUUUUUUGUUUCUUCAUUGAAAUUUCUCAGAAUCAAGCUGUUUUGCAUGAGGCAUAGUAUGUAAAAUUGUGCUUUUCAAAUGAUAGUUUAUCUUUCAUGUAAUUAGGACAGACAUGGAUAAUUAUUUUUAUAUACUUCUAAAAAUAUUCACUACGUUCAAGUUAAAAAUAAAAGUAUAUGUUUAAAAAUAAAAUAUGUUAUGGAAAAGUAA